ACCCUUUGUGAUCCUCAUUUACUUUCCACACUUCUCUUGCUCCCUUUCAUGUCUGUUGAUUCUCUCAGGUCCCACCUUGCGUCUUGAGGGAUGAUGGGUUAUGGUCUUGUGAGCAAGUGGGUGAUGGUGACCUUUUACCCAAAUCAUUCUCAUGGAUACCUCCCUUCCCUCUCUCACUUGGAACAUUUCUUUCAAUACUUCAGGGAGACAUAUUACAACAAAUCCCCAUUAUGGAGCUCUUUUCAUCAUGCUUCUCAUGGACCUAGUGGCAGUAGCUGGGAAUGUGGCUGUUAUGGGGGUCAUCAUGAAGACUCCAUCCCUCAGGAAGUUUGUUCUGGUCUUCCACUUAUGUGUGGUGGAUCUCUUGGCUGCACUAACACUUAUGCCCUUGGCAAUGUUGUCAGGAAGUGGAGGUACUUCCCUGUAUGAAGGCCAGGGACUUGGUCAGAUGGCCUGCCGUGCCUACCUCUUCCUGACUGUUUGUCUGACCAGCACAGGCAUUUUGUCAAUUUCAGCCAUCAAUAUUGAGAGAUACUAUUAUGUGGUUCAUCCCAUGAGGUAUCAAGUCAAAAUGACUAUGGGACUAGUUAGUUGGGUACUGGCUGGAGUAUGGAUUAAGGCAUUGGUGACAUCCCUAAUCCCAGUACUAGGAUGGAAUCCUACUGUUCCUGGACAUUGCAGUCUCCAGGGAGGUGGCAACAGUGUCUUCCGUGCAGGAUUUCUUCUCUUUUACUCCUCCUUUUACUUCUUAUUGCCUUUGACUAUCAUAAUUGUUGUCUACUGCAGCAUGUUCAAGGUGGCACGUGUGGCUGCCCUCCAUCAAGGGCCUCUUCCAACAUGGAUGGACACAUCACUUCAGCACAGACGCUCAGAAUCUCUCAGCAGUCGGUCCACCAUGGUGACAGGGUCGGGAGUUACACGUGGAAGCCCCCAGCAGCGGGUGUAUGCUGGUGGUUCAGGAAGUGGUGGGAAAGCUGCAGCUGUAUUAGCUGCAGUAGGGGGUCAAUUCCUAUUGUGUUGGCUACCUUAUUUUGGCUUCCAUCUAUAUGCUGCACUGCGUUCUCCUCCUCCACUACCUGGCUCACGCUUGGAAUGGGCAGUAACAUGGAUGGGAUUUCUUUGCUUUGCUUCUAAUCCAAUUUUUUAUGGCUGCCUAAAUCGUCAAAUCCGUGAAGAGCUGGGACGGUGGGUUGGUUGCUUUUUUAAGAGGAGUGGAUCAGGGGAGGAUGAGCUUCGGCUACCUAGCAGAGAAGGGUCCAUUGAAGAAAAUUUCCUUCAGUUUUUGCAGGGAACAGGUUGCCCACCAGACACACGUGCAGCAGUUCACAUUCCCCCUAAAGGGGAACAUCCUACUGUAGACUUCCGGAUUCCUGGGCAGAUUGCAGAGGAAACGUCAGAAUUCUUAGAACAACCAUGGGAUUUGACAGCAGUGGGCAAAGACUAUAAUAAUACUUGCCCAUCUUCAAAAACAUGACAUUCAGUAUUUUGUGCCCUGCUCUUGACAAUCUACUUAACAUAAGUGUGAUAUAAUGCAGAACUCUUCACUUUAUAAGCAUUUUACAUGACUGCAUAAUCUAGAAUCAUUUUCUAUUUUCAAUUUAGCGGGAAUUGAAUGCUCUCCUCAGGAGUCAUAUUACAGUGAGUUCUCAUCUUCUUAAAGUAGCUACCAGCUGAAAAAGGUGUGAGGGACUCGCACUCUCCCUAGAUUCUCUGUCACACUAAUAGAAUACCUGCUUUUGACUUUCUAUGAACUAGACACAUUUUUAAGACAUAUUCAUAUGAAUGAUACAAUGAUAAAAAGGACCUUAAAGCAUAGUAAUUACCAUUGAAUUUAUUUUACAAAAUCAGCAAUUCAAUAUCACAUACAAUC